UUUAUAUGCUUAUUUCUUAUAAUUAAUUAUUUAAUUUUCAAUUGAUUUUAUAAUAUUUUCGAUUAUAUCGAGCGCACUGAAUAAUUCAAGGAUAUUACUUAACGAGGAAAUUACUUAACAAGGUAAAUGUUGUAUACGUCAGAGUAAUGAUUUAAACAUUAUCUAUAACCAGAGUGAAAUAGUUUAACAAAGUGUAAAAUAAUUUUCGUUUGAUAAAUAUCAAACUAUUUGCAAAACUUGAAAACUGUAUUAACUUUUACUUAUUAAAAUGACGAGUCUACAAGCAUCUAGAUAUAUAAUUAGAAAUGUGAUCAGUUUAGAAAGAUCAUUAUAUAAUUUUCGACUUCAGACUACAAUAGCAUUUGAGCAAGAAACGACAGAAGAUGUAAUUAAUGCUAAACCAUUCGAAGAAAUACCAGGAGACGUAAAAAUUCCAUUUCUGGGAACAACGUGGACGUAUUUACCUUUUAUAGGUAAAUACAACCACAAAAAGUUACACGAGGCAAGUUUUAAGAAAUAUAAAAUAUAUGGUCCCAUAGUACGUGAGUCUAUAGGCGGUUUCUACGAUGCAGUUUCGUUAUUUGAUCCGAAAGAUAUAGAAAAGGUUUUCAGGCACGAAGGAAAGUUUCCAAAAAGACCGGGGAUCGAAUUUUUAGCAACAUACAGAGAACUUAGACCACGAUGGUAUAAAUCUGGAGGUUUAUCGGUCCUAGAAGGUAAAGAGUGGGGAGAAUUUCGUGUAAAUGUUCAGCAAUCUCUACUCAGACCGAAAUCGAUUCACAAUUAUCUUAAUCCUAUGAAUCGAGUAGCUGAUGAUAUGAUAAACAGAAUGAAAAGAUUAAGAAACGAUUUAAUGGAAAUUCCCGAAUUCUUAAAUGAGUUAUACAAGUGGUCCCUGGAAUCUUUAGCCUCGAUGGCUCUUGACAAAAGAUUAGGAUGUUUGGAAGAUGAUUUAAAAGAGGAUUCGGAAGCGAUGAGAAUGAUCAGAGCCGCACACGGAACAUUCCAAGGGAUGAAUGAUCUGUUAUUUACACCGAUGCGACUUUGGAAGUACAUUCCAACAAAAGCUUGGAAGAGAUUUGUUGAAGCUCAGGACGAUUUUGCUGAAAUCGCAUUUAAAUAUGUAAAAGAAGCAAUGGAGAGAAUCGAAAAUAGUAAAGACGAAGACAGAGAAAUGACUUUUAUUGAAAACUUAUUAACGACCAAAAAUAUCGAUCAUAGAGAUGCAAUUACUAUGUUACUAGACAUGUUACUAGCAGGAGUUGAUACGACGUCACACACGACAUCAUUUGCUCUAUAUUUUCUCGCAAAAAAUUCCCAAGCUCAAGAAAAAGCUUAUUCUGAAAUUAGAAAUCUUCUCUCAAGAGGACAACCCUUAACACAAAAAGUAAUGAACGAGCUUCAUUAUGUCAAGGCUUGUAUUAAAGAAAGCAUGAGGCUCUUCCCAAUAGUUCAAGGCACUGUUAGGAGUUUAGAUCACGAUAUCGUACUCUCCGGAUAUAGAAUUCCAGCAGGAGUAGUUUUUAUGUUUCAGAAUUUAGUAGCUUGUCGUCAAGAGCAAUACUUUUAUCAAGCUGAUAAGUUUAUUCCCGAGAGAUGGUUGGAAGAAGAUAAACAACAUCACCCUUUUCUGUUUUUGCCCUUUGGAUUUGGAAAAAGAAUGUGCAUUGGACGAAGAAUUGCCGAACAAGAGAUGCUUCUUCUAAUUACUAAAAUAAUACAAAAUUUCAACAUUGAAUACAAUUACGAAGAUAUCGAUUGCUAUUAUAGAUUGGUCAAUGUUCCGGAUAAGCCUUUGAGAUUCAGAUUUAUUGAUCGACAAUAAAUCAAUAUUAUACAGGAUGUUCCAAAAGUCUGGAUACACGUAAUGUAGUGUCUGUAAUGUUGAUGGCAGGCUAAAAUAAACAGGUCGUGAUGCGUGCUGAAUCCAUGUGUGACCAUAAAAUUAAUCUCGAAAAGCAUUUAAAAACAUCUUUAAAACCGGGCAUCCCAGAUAAAAAGUGCCAAUUAGAACGUUUUAUGUCAUACAAAAUUAGAAUAUGUUUUUGAUCGGCACACAAACGUGAAAAUAAAACGAAAAAGCAAAUCCAAAAACACUUUUCGUUUUUCUUGGGUCUUGUAAAACAGGAAGUCUAUGGCAUAGCCAAUCACCGAAAUAGAAUUAUUUUAGCCUGUGCCAGCAUCCAGCCACAAACAUGUGCAAGAUGACAUCAAACAUCGAGCAGAACUUUGUCUAGAUGCCGAUGAUCAUCGUAUUGAACACCUAAAUUAAUUAUAUUUCAUUUUAUGUUCAUCGCCUGCUUUAUUACUUACAUGUAUCACUCGCAAAAUAAAAAAAAACAUCGUAUAAUUCUUUAAUUUAAUUAACAAAAAUCAACGUAUUUUACGGUAUAGACCUAGCUAAUCUAAUUACUCUACUAAUCAGACUUAGAGUCAGACUUAAAUUCGCUCAGUCUUCAUGUUAAAGUUAUUCUUUUUCAAGCAUCAAUGAGAUCUCUUUAAACUUACAUAAAUUGAAAAACUCUUUAUGUAACAAACUAUGCAAAUAAACGUUGAAAAUUAACAAAAAUCUCUCUUAACAUCGACUAAAUAGAC